CUCUCGCCUCUUACUUCACAUCUCACCUUCCACUUCCUCCAACACUUCCACAAAGCCUCGAAUAUCCCAACACGAUGUCUACCAACACCAAACCCCUCCUCGCCGUCUUCGGCGCAACAGGAAACCAAGGCCACUCCGUCGCCUCGACCGUCCUAUCUGACCCUGAACUCUCCCAACGCUACGCCGUGCGCGCCGUGUCCCGCAAUGUCUCCAACCCAAAAAUGCAAGCCCUCGCCUCCGCCGGCGCCGAGCUCGCGGCCGCAGACAUGGACAAGGCCGAGACGCUCCCCUCCGCGCUCGCAGGCGUGCACACGCUCUUCUUCCUCACCGCAACCCAGUACACCGGCCACACUCGAGAAAUCGAGACGCGCCAAGCUCGAAGCGUGUGCGAAGCCGCCCUCGCCGCCGGCGUUAGCUACAUCAUCUUCUCCUCAAUGAGCCACCCGUUCGCCAUCAGCAACGGCAAACUGCGCAAUGUCGAGCACUUCGACGACAAAGCCGAGAUCGAGCAAUACGUAAGAGGAUUGGACGUGAAGAGCGCGUUCUUCGCGCCCGCAAGCUUCAUGCAGAACUUCAUGACGCACUUCAUGCGCCCCGUGCCCAGCCCAGCAGGGGACGGAACAUACGCCCUGGCUAACUGCGCGUAUGGAGGGACGAGGAUGCCGUUCAUUGAUGUUACGGAGACGGGGAAGUGGGUUGGCGCUAUCCUCGCGGCGCCGGAGAAGUUCGAGGGCAAGCAAUUGGCUGCGGCGUCUGAGAUCCUGACCAUGGAUGAGGUGGCGGAGAUUGUCUCUAGAGUGACUGGUAAGGUAGUCAAGCACCAGAACCUACCGGAUGAAGUGUUUAAGGGAUUCAUGCCCGAGGGAAUGAGGGAGCAGCUGUAUGAGAUGUGGGCGUUCCAGCGCGAUUAUGGAUACUACGGGCCAACGAUGGAUCAGGAUGUCCAGUGGGCGAAGGACAGUGCGAGGGGUGAGCUAACGGGGCUGGAGGCGUUUCUUAGGAAGCACAAUUACGCGCUGGAGUAGGCGCGUAGCGAGCGGCGGAGGAAGAAGGGCAGUCGGAGGCGGUUGGAGAGUGUGGUGGUGCUUUGUAGUCGUAUCGUUGUACCGUACGCCGUGGUCUUGCAACCUCUACGAUUUCUGAUCAAUCCCAGCGUCUUCGUCGUCCACCUUCCGCC